ACGUGAGCGAUACGAUCUAUCGCUUGCAAUUAGCAUUGGAAUCCGGUCUUGUGAUUAAAGUAGCAUUCUAAUGAAGUUGAAAAGGCAUAUAAAAGGGUCCCAUAUUGAAAGGUAAGUUUCGAAAAUUGAAGACAUUUAACAUAAUGUGUCGCCGCAGAGGUUUUAUUUUGGUUAGCAUGCUAAUUUUGUUAAAUUUUGUUCAUACGAAAGAAACGGCUCCUGGCGUAGAAAACUUUGAGAAUUAUUUUAAUGAAAUCGACGUCGAAGAUGAAGAGGCAGAAGACAAAACUCGUAAUGCAGUGAAUUCGCCUUUACAACGCUGGCCCAGCAAAUUACUGCGCUACAAAAUCUCAUCUGAUUACAGCAAGGACGAAGCGGAUAAUGUUCAUGCAGCACUACGGGUGUUCAAUGAUACUACCUGCUUAAAGUUUAAUGAAUAUGACGAAAUUCGAGAUGGAAACAUACGGUACAUAAACUACAAGAAAUCCCCGGAUAUGUGUGGUACACGCGUUGGGUUUAAUCCAUUAACACCGACAGGGCCACACGAUGUGGUGCUUAAUUCAUAUUGCUUAAGCGAACGCGGCGUAAUACAGCACGAGACAUUGCAUGUGCUCGGUCUCUAUCACGAACAGAGUCGCCCCGAUCGUAACAAGUAUGUGCAAAUCGAAUAUGCAAAUAUUCCUCAAAAGUACUGGCCACAGUUUAUAGCCUAUCCUGAAAUAUAUACCACGACCUACAACGUCAAGUAUGACUAUGAAAGUCUUAUGCACUAUUCACAGUUUGCUUUCGCUAAGGAUCAGGCUAAACCCUCAAUGCGUGCAAGGAUUGGUAAUACAGUGAUAGAUCGAAAAAUGGGACAAAUUCUGGGACCCUCGGAAGGAGAUUUGACAAAAAUUAAAAUUAUGUACAAAUGCUAAUUAACAAUAUAAUCAAUGUCUAAAAAACACGAUUAAAUUUUUUCCGAUGGUAAAUUCAUGGAAAAAACAAUCAUACGAAAAAAAUUAUUUAGUUUUAUGUGAGUGUCAAACUGUGGACCAUCUUUGACAGUUGCUUAAAAUUUUCUUCUUUGCAUUUUGGUCACCUGGUUUCAUCAGUCGACAGUCACCCACAAAACU